CACUCACACUCUUUUUUUUUGUUAUGUUUGAAUCUCCACCAAAUCUCUAAUGGGGUGGGUUUCUGGUUCUAAAUGUUGCUCCUCUGUGAAGAAGGGAGGUUUUCUGGGUUUUUUCUAUUGUGUGUUGGUUUUUGCACUAUUUGAAAUGCUUGUGAUAACCAGCAGGUUGAGUGUUUGUUCUCCCUAUGGUAUAGUGUGUGUGUGUGUGUUUGAACCUUGUUUCUCUUAUAUGUUUGAUAAAAGUGUUGCCUUUGGGUUGUGCGUGGUUUUCGUUUUUGCCUUCCUUGUAUGUUUUACAUUGACAUGAAAUUUAUGAGCUCAUCUCGAAGCAUGUUGUUUUUGAGUGUGGUUGCGGUGUUAUCUAUGCGUAUACUUAAAUAUUAUAUCGGACGAUUCUUGCUUUACUUGGCUAUCUGCUAUCAGCUCCUUUUUGUUGUUACUAACGUUUUAUUUGGAUUUGUUAGCAAUGUUAAUUUCAAAGAACCAAACAAUUUUUAAGAAAUUUUCCGAGGUGGGGUCUGGCUUUGAUUGCUAUUUCCAAACUUCUUCACCAUCUUACCCAGUAGCAUGUGGACUGGACCAGCUUUUCUAAAACACCUACAAAAGUAGGACAUGUGAUGGCUUUUAGUUUCGUUGUGGUCCUCUAACCAGAGGUUCGGGAUUAGUGUUUUUCUUAUUGGAAGGAGGUGAUUUUUUGUUUGAGUCUUGUUAUCUUUGGUGAGAUUUGAUUUUGCACAUGCUGUAUUCUGUUUAAUUCAUCCUUUGAUCAUUUAUCAUGCGCGAGAAAGUAUUUUGUGUUUUGAUCUUGUGCAUGUUCUUCCUUUGGCAGGAUUGGGUGUGUUUUUUGAAAUGUCUUUUCUAUUUUGUCAUGAGGUCGAUUUGACAGUUAGCUGAGUUCUUUCAAAUAUACUGAGUGACCCUUUACUUUCAACUCUAUCAUGGCGGGAGACACAUCAUGGAUAAGCCACUUCGAUGAUGGUGCACGUAGGGAGACUAGGGAGUUUGAUUCAGUUUUGGAAUUUGGUGAGGAAGUUGACACAGAGGGAAGUGCUGUUUCUGUGAACACAGUGUUACCUGAUGAAUUGGUGGAGCGAAUCCUAGCCUAUCUCCCCGUUGUAAGCAUUUUCAGAGCAAGUUCUGUGUGUAAAAGAUGGCAUGAGAUUAUUACUUCUGAAAGGUUUCAAUGGAACCCUUCAAAUUCAUUGCCUCAGAGACCUUGGUACUUUAUGUUCACCUACUCAGAUGAACCAACUGGUUAUGCUUAUGAUCCCAUUCUUCGGAAAUGGUAUGGCAUUGAGCUUCCUUUCAUUGAAACAUCUAGUUGGUUCGUUGUUUCUUCUUAUGGUUUAGUCUGCUUCAUGGACAAUGACAGCAGAAGCAAAUUAUGCAUGUGCAACCCUAUUACCAAAAGGUGCAGAAGGCUUGAAGGUCCUCCCGGUCUGAAAUUUUCUGAUUACAGUGCAUUGGCAAUGUCAGUGAACAGGAAAUCCCACAGUUACACUCUGGCAAUUGUGAAAUCAAAACAAAUCCCUGAGGAUUUUGUUCAGUGGGAGAUCUCAAUUCAUAUAUACCGCUCAGAGAAAGAGACCUGGAUGACAACUGCAACAGAGGUUUUGAUGGGGUGGAGAGGUGGUAAUGAGAGUGUGAUAUGCAAUGGUGUGUUAUACUUUUUAGUCUACUUAGCUGGGGGUGUUCCUUCAGAAAGUAGGCAUGCACUGGUUGCAUAUAAUAUUUCUAAUCUCACUUCUCAACCUACCAUGAGAAGGAGUUUUAUUGCUGCACCCUGUUCACUAACAUGUGGCCGAUUGAUGAAUAUGAAGGAAAAACUUGUAAUGGUGGGAGGAAUUGGUAAGCAGGAUAGACCUGACAUAAUAAAAGGAAUUGGCAUAUGGGUUCUUAAUGAUAGGAAGUGGGAAGAGAUUGUACGAAUGCCCCAUAGAUACUUCCAAGGCUUUGGGGAGUUUGAUGAUGUUUUUGCUAGCAGUGGUACUGAUGAUCAAAUAUAUAUCCAAAGUUAUGGAUCUCCAGCACUCCUCACAUUUGAUUUGAACCUUAGACAAUGGAAAUGGUCACAGAAAUGCCCUGUAUCAAAGAGGUUCCCUCUACAGCUAUUCACUGGUUUUUGCUUUGAGCCUAGGCUUGAAAUUGCUCCAUAGGUUGUUCUUCAAACAAUCAACAGCUGCGCUACUAUUAUUAGUAUUGACACUUUUGUGUCUGAGUUUUCUUGAUUUUACUCCAUUGUUCUAGUAAAGCUUAAUUUGAUUUCUGCUUUUCAAUAUCUUUAUACAAAGUGUACUUGCUGAUAAGGUUGGCUAUUUGUGGAUAUUGGGAUAUUAUAUAGCAUUUGAAAAUACAAAUAGCCACAUAUAUUUUUAGUUUCCUUUCUA